UUCUUUCAUUUCAUCGACGGACGGAUAAGCGUUCGUUCGAUCGUUUGUUCAACGUCAUCUUUUAUCCCUGUAAUGUCUUAUUUCUACGUCCCACAUGCUUAGGGGUAACCGAAUAAAGAAAAAAUCCAAGAAUCCCCGCACUAGAAGAAAAGUACGAGCGUCGGCAACCGUAAAUGUGAACUCUAAAGUGCGUGAAUAGAAUAACGAGGUUCUUGUCCGUCCGGUUCGAUCUGGAUUAGAGCAGUUUGGAUCGCAAGUCGGGCUCCCUUUCCCUUAUAUCCCUUUACUAAGAAGUUUAGUGGUGUGUUAUUUAGACUUUAUUUUAAUUAUAUUUGUCUAUUAGUGCGUUUUUGUGGUGUAAUAGUUAAAUAAAACCAAUCCAAAAUGUCUGAAGAAUCGUCUGCGGAUCGUAAUGUCGAAAUAUGGAAGAUCAAGAAGCUGAUCAAGAGCUUGGAAAUGGCUAGAGGCUGUAAAAUCAUCUUAAGUGUGGGAGAGCCAUGCUUCGGCACGAAUGGGUCGGCUCGACCGGAGUUAUACCACGGCCUCACUGAAAACCGGCGUGAAACAACCACAGCGUUGUGUUUAGCCGUGAACGGAACCUCGAUGAUUUCCCUCAUAAUUCCGCCCAAGGAUCAAAUCUCGCGAGUUUCCAAGAUGUUGGCGGAUGAAUUCGGUACAGCUUCCAACAUCAAGUCGCGAGUGAACCGGUUGUCCGUGCUCGGAGCCAUCACCUCUGUACAACACAGGCUCAAGCUGUACACCAAAGUACCUCCCAACGGCCUCGUCAUCUACUGCGGUACUAUAGUGACAGAAGAAGGCAAAGAGAAGAAAGUGAACAUCGACUUUGAGCCUUUCAAGCCAAUCAAUACGUCGCUGUACCUCUGCGACAAUAAGUUCCAUACUGAAGCACUCACGGCUCUACUCGCUGAUGACAACAAAUUCGGUUUCAUUGUCAUGGACGGUAACGGAGCCCUGUUUGGUACGCUGCAGGGUAAUACUCGAGAGGUUCUUCACAAAUUCACGGUAGAUUUACCGAAGAAACACGGCCGUGGUGGUCAGUCUGCCCUCCGUUUCGCGCGUCUCCGUAUGGAGAAGCGUCACAACUAUGUGCGCAAAGUGGCUGAGGUGGCCACCCAGCUCUUCAUCAGCGCUGACCGCCCCAACGUCGCCGGUCUCAUCCUCGCCGGUUCUGCUGAUUUCAAGACUGAAUUGUCGCAGUCCGAUAUGUUUGAUCCGCGUCUGCAAGCCAAGAUCAUCAAGCUAGUGGAUGUGUCAUACGGCGGCGAGAACGGAUUCAACCAGGCCAUUGAACUAGCCGCCGAAUCUCUGCAGAACGUCAAGUUCAUACAGGAGAAGAAACUCAUUGGCAGAUACUUUGAUGAGAUUUCACAAGACACAGGCAAGUACUGCUUCGGUGUGGACGAUACGCUGCGCGCCCUCGAGCUCGGUGCCGUCGAGACCCUCAUCUGCUGGGAGAACUUGGACAUUCAGAGAUACGUGCUGAAGCUUCAUGCCACCAACCAGGAAACCAUCCUCCACCUGACCCCAGAACAGGAAAAGGACAAGUCACAUUUCACCGACAAAGAGAGCGGCGUUGAGCUGGAGCUGGUCGAGUGCCAGCCCCUACUGGAGUGGUUGGCCAACAACUACAAGUCCUUCGGAGCCACCCUCGAGAUUAUCACCGACAAGAGUCAGGAGGGAAGCCAGUUUGUACGCGGCUUCGGUGGUAUCGGAGGUCUCCUACGCUAUAAAGUUGACUUCCAGUCUAUGCAGCUCGACGACGAAGAAAUCGACAAUCUGUACGACAUCGACGACUAUUAAUCGCGCGUUUGUCGCGUCAGUCGCAACUGUGUGCCGUGUCGCACGGCUCGCUUGCGUAUAGUGUGUGCCUUAACUUACAUAACGGUGGUACGCUGUCAAUAUUAUUCUUGUUUCAAGUAUUUUUGUUAUUAAUAACUAGCUUUUGGCGGCGACUCCAUUCGCGUGGAAUAGUGCCUUCCUGGACAUUUUUGGUAUGUCUUUUCUCGAGUUCCAAACUAUGUCUGUACCAAAUUUCACAGAAAUCGGUUCAGUAGUUUAGGCGUGAAGAAAGACAGAGAGACAGAGUUACUUUCGCAUUUAUAAUAUUAGUUUGGAUAAAAGGGGGCAUUGUCAGUGAUUACUCUUGAGUCUGGUAUUUUAAUGCCUGGUGCAUUAAGCUCAGAAUUAUAACAUUUUUAUGUCCCAAUAGGGAUGUCUUCUGGGUUAAAACAAGAUUAUAAUUAGUCCGUCAGUUAGAUUAUAGAAAAAUACUCGAUACGUAUUUUUAUUUGUCCAUACGAAUAAUAUUGACAAAGAUACAGCACAUUCAAAUUCAGGAAUAGAGGCUCGUGACGUCACACUUUCGUAAAAAUUUUAAGAAAUAAUGACGUAGCGCGAACUUUCGCCGCUCUGUAACUUUGUUAUUUUAAGUUUUAGAAGCAAAAGAAAAAAUACGUAUCUACUAUUUUCUGGCGUUCUAAAAGAUGGACUAAUUAUUACUUUUUAGUCGUCAUCCCUAUUUGUUCAGAGAAUGCAGCAAUUUUAGUUGGAUAAUCUCUAUAGUAAAAUGCCUACGUUCACGACUACUUCUCCUCUUGGGGUAGACAAAGCAUCAGCUCUUUAUAUAUAUUUCUUUUAACUAAAUGUUGUUAGUAAUAGUUUUAUAUUAUUAAAUCAUUUAAUUCUUAGUCUUAGAUAUGACUGCUGAGGACUAGGGUUCUUCACCCGAUUAGGACAAAAUUCUCAGUAGUAAUUUAGCUUGAUGUUUUAAUAUGGUCUUUAUACCAUAGAAAAUUAUGUUUAGUAGUGUAUGUUGACAGUGGACCACCAUUUUUAAUGAAAGACUGACAGUUUGCAAUAUUUUUUAUAUAUAUAUGACUGUUGUCUGUUGCCGAAUGAGUUAAGAACUGUUGGUCUGAAUUUGUAUACCAGUGGUUUGAUCUGUACAAUUUAAAAUAAUAGGAAUCUUAAUUGUCGCUCUCGGAGAUUUUUUUUCGCAAUGAGCACACUUUUGCCCGCUAUCACGCCUGGUCGUCAGCGGUGAUACGAUCUACGACGAAGCACGCCUACAUUCAACAUCCAUUAAAUAGUGUAGAAAUUUAGGAUCAGCAUUGCAUCCGAGCGAAGCCAGGACGGAUCGCUAGUGGGUACAUAACCAACGACACUGUUAGAGAAUAUCCAAACGCGGAUCGAACCUAAACCUAGCAUAUUUUCUCAUCAAACAGCUUCCUAAGUAAUACGUUUAAUAAUUUCAAUAUAUUAGAA